AUGGAUGGAUGGAUAGAUGAGGCGGCAGAAGCCGAGUUCUCAAUGCUGAAUCUUGCGCCGGGAGACCCUGGCGGCUUAUCUCGUCCUGGUCCAGCAGUCAUAUUGCUUGCGGAAGCCCCAGCUGCCCCAUCCAAGCCAGAUGGCUCCAAGGAGACGCCAGCUUCGUCCGAAUUUUGUCUGGAGCAGCACACGAAUACCAUCCCCAGAUGCGUUGAGAUCGAGACUGUUGGUAAUUGCGACCGGGAGCGUUGA